AUGAGCGGCGGCGGCGACGUGGUGUGCACCGGCUGGCUGCGGAAGUCGCCCCCCGAGAAGAAGUUGAGGCGCUAUGCCUGGAAGAAACGCUGGUUUAUCCUGCGGAGCGGCCGAAUGAGCGGCGACCCCGACGUGCUGGAAUACUACAAGAAUGACCACUCCAAGAAGCCCCUGCGAAUCAUCAACCUCAACUUCUGCGAGCAGGUGGACGCGGGCCUGACCUUCAACAAGAAGGAGCUGCAGGACAGCUUCGUGUUCGACAUCAAGACCAGCGAGCGCACCUUUUACCUGGUGGCCGAAACCGAGGAGGACAUGAAUAAGUGGGUCCAGAGCAUCUGUCAGAUCUGCGGCUUCAGCCAGGCGGAGGAGAGCGCAGAUUCCCUGAGGAACAUCCCCUCGGCCGGCCACGGCGCCCGCUCCUCGCCAGGCGAGUUCGGCGGCUCCCAUCAGCACCUUCUCCGAGAACGAAAGUCCUCAGCUCCGUCCCACUCCAGCCAGCCGACCCUGUUCACCUUCGAGCCCCCCGUGUCCAACCACAUGCAGCCUGCCUUGUCCACCAGCGCACCCCAGGAGUAUCUCUACCUGCACCAGUGCAUCAGCCGGAGGGUGGAGAACGCCAGGAGCGCCAGCUUCUCCCAGGGCACCAGGGCCUCGUUCCUCAUGAGGAGUGACACAGCCGUACAGAAACUGGCCCAGGGCAACGGGCACUGUGUCAACGGGGUCAGCGGCCAAGUCCACGGCUUCUAUAGCCUCCCCAAGCCGAGCCGGCACAACAUAGACUUCAGAGACAGUGCCUACGACCUGCCCCGGAGCCUGGCCGCCCACGGCCACACCAAGGGCAGCCUCACGGGCUCUGAGACGGAUAAUGAGGACGUGUACGCCUUCAAGACGCCCAGCAACGCCCUGUGCCGGGAGUUCGGGGACCUCCUGGUGGACAAUAUGGAGGUGCCGGCCACCCCCCACUCAGCGUACCAGAUCCCUAGGACCUUCACGCUGGACAAGAACCACAAUGCCAUGGCAGUGGGCGCUCCUGGGGACUCGGCCAUGGCUCCCCCACCCAGACCCCCCAAGCCAAGCCAGGCAGAAACACCUCGCUGGGCCAGCGCUCAGCAGAGACCCCCCAUCGGCGAGAACAGCAGAUCGGUCUCUGCCGCCACCAUCCCCCGGCGCAACACCCUCCCUGCCAUGGACAACAGCCGGCUUCACCGAGCUUCUUCCUGUGAGUCCUACGACCCCCCGCAGCGAGGCGGAGAGAGUGCGGGCCGGUCUGCAGAGUCCAUGAGUGACGGAGUCAGUUCUUUCCUGCCGGAGAGAACACUCAGAGGCCGGUCAGACAGCACCAACUCCGAAGACAACUACGUGCCCAUGAACCCCGGCUCCUCCACCCUGCUGGCCUUGGAGAGAGCAGGCGACAACUCCCAGAGCGCCUACAUCCCCAUGAGCCCAGGACCCCAUCUCUUCGACCCGCUCAGCUACCCCGCCACAGCCCUUCCUUUGCAUCGAGGCUCCGGCCGGGGGAGUGAGAUCCAGCCACCCCCUGUCAACCGCAACCUCAAACCCGACCGCAAAGGAAAGCCAACGCCUCUCGACCUGCGGAGCAACACGGUCAUCGACGAGCUUCCCUUCAAGUCGCCCGUCACCAAGUCCUGGUCGAGGGCCGUCCACACCUUCAACCCCAGCUCCUCCCAGUACUGCCGCCCCACCUCCACCCAGAGCAUCACCAGCACGGACUCGGGAGACAGCGAGGAGAACUACGUCCCUAUGCAAAACCCAGUGUCUGCCUCGCCCAUCCUCAGCGGCACCAGCAGCCCAGCCCCGAAGAAGAGCACGGGCAGCGUCGACUACCUGGCCCUGGACUUCCAGCCCAGCUCCCCGAGCCCCCACCGCAAGCCGUCCACGUCGUCUGUCACCUCCGACGAGAAGGUGGACUACGUGCAGGUGGACAAGGAGAAGACCCAGGCGCUGCAGAGCACCAUGCAGGAGUGGACGGACGUGCGGCAGUCCUCGGAGCCUUCCAAGGGCGCCAAGCUGUGA